GGGAGGAAGAAAGAGAGAUGAGUGGGUGGUUCGCGUCUGCGCAUUUUUCGAUGGGUCGCUCGGUCGCUCGGUCGCUCGGUCGCUCGUACUGUGCUUCUCGUUCCCUCGUCCUCGGGUAUUGAUUUCCGUAGAAGGUUAGGACGCGGCUUAGAUGUGUGUUGUCUACGCUACCGUUAGCAGCCAGCUACGUUUUCUGUAACGUCGCGCGCGUAUUUGUGGGCCGGCCUCCACCUCCACAUCCACCUUCUCUCUCUCUCUCUCUCUCUCUGUCGUUUUCUCUCUCUCUUUCUCCUCUUUUACGAAGAGUUCCCAAGUGUUGCGCCAACUUUCGCCAUCCUCGCUGGUGUUUCGACUGUCAGAGGAGAACGCGUGGUGCCUGUCUUCUUGUCUUCGAGGAAGAGAGCUUUAAUUUCGUCUGUCUGUCAGUCUCGUUUUAUCUUCUUUUCUCUCAUGUCGCAUCGGUUCUUUCAUCUCGAAUCGUUUAAUCGGACGUAUCGUCAUUGGACACAGUAACACGUGAGAGAUCUUAAACCGUUUGAUUUCUUCUUUCUCUUCGUAUUUGAAAGAAGAGAAGGAGUACACGAGGAAGAGAUUCCUCGUUCAACAGAAGACUUCGAUUUAGCUGGGUAGGCUCAACCAGCGCUUCGGGGCACCUUCCGAGAUGCCUGCACCAACGUCAACGACGGGUGCGGCCGAAAGUGGCCCACCUCGCACCGAAUUGCAAGAAUUACAGCUGAAGGCCGACCAGACCACCGAUGAGUCCUUGGAGAGUACGAGGCGUAUGCUGGCAUUAUGCGAGGAGAGCCACGAGGUCGGGAUGAAAACUCUCGUUAUGCUGGACGAGCAAGGCGAGCAAUUGGAUCGAAUCGAGGAGGGCAUGGACCAGAUCAAUGCGGACAUGCGAGAAGCAGAGAAGAAUCUUACCGGGAUGGAAAAAUGCUGCGGUCUCUGCGUUCUCCCGUGUAACAAGAGUGCAAGUUUCAAAGAGGACGAGGGAACGUGGAAGGGUAACGACGAUGGUAAGGUCGUGAAUAAUCAGCCUCAACGCGUGAUGGAUGAACGCAAUGGACUCGGCCCUCAGGGUGGCUAUAUCGCUAAGAUCACGAACGAUGCGCGUGAAAACGAAAUGGAAGACAAUAUGGGCCAGGUGUCGACGAUGAUCGGCAAUCUCAGAAACAUGGCUAUCGAUAUGGGUAGCGAGCUCGAGAAUCAAAAUCGACAAAUCGACAGGAUCAACCGGAAGGGCGAGUCGAACGAAACGAGGAUAGCCGUGGCGAAUCAACGUGCACACGCCUUGCUCAAGUAAAAGUUGAGUGUGUGGUACUCAACUGUCCGGGGCGAAUCGAACGACACAAGGAUACAGGUGGCCAACGAGCGAGCCCAUCAGCUGCUCAAGUAAAAACCACUCACGACCAUCUCUCUCUGCACCCCCGUCUCGGCCACCGGCAUUACCGAUACCAUCAUCAUGUACAACAACAACAACAACAACAACAACAACAACCACCACAAAAUACAACAAUCAACACCAAGACAAGUACUAUCACAAUUAUACUUACAAUUUACACUAUACAUACAUAUGUAUACGCUUUCCUUUUUUCUUCCUUUCUUACUUACCUAUUACCCUCUUAAUCUAUAUACCUGUAUUAUUAUUCGCUGAUAAGAUAUCACCGAAGGGAUGAACAAAAUGGAAAGGAUAACGUUCUCAUAGGAUAAUUGUUAAUCAACAAGAUUUAUGGUCUUUUGAUUUCUAACUUUCUUUGAUUUCUAACUUGAUAAAUCGUCCAUGUUUCUUUUUUUCUAUCUCUGUAUUUAUUCUUUGCUUCAUAACAGUAUUUCCAAUUAUCUUGACGUUACUUAUUGCUUUACGUAAUUGUUAUUAAUUUAAAAAAAAAGGAAAUAGAAUGUCUACUCAUAUAUAUUCGUAAUAUCGUUCGACGAAUCAUUUCUUUAUCGAUACUAAGACGCGAAAACAUAUCGUUUGGCAUUAAUGUCGCUGUAAUUUUCCGUACUUAAGGAAGCUUCCUAAGUCAAACUGUGUAUUAAAGACGAUAGCAAUGCUCUUAUUGUAUGUACCGUGAAUUUGAUAUACUGAUUCAUUAAACGGUUUGUCACAUCGAUUAGCCAGUCCCCGUCCAUCUUUAAUAAAAACAAAAAAGUAUUUAUUUAUUUAUCCUUUCACAUUAUACUCACCCGACUUCUUUAUUCUUUUUUCUUUUUUUUUUUUUUCAUCAAUCGUGUCUCUCUACACACGCGAUAUACACACGCAAUUUACACACGCGUACACACGUACACGUACUCACGUUUUACGUUCACGCUCACCUUAUCACCGUACGUCGCUGAAAAAAAAAGAAAAAGCAAAAAAAAAACAAACAAAAUAAUAAACAAAAUAGAAAGAGAAAUUAACUAGAAAAAAAAAUCUUUUUCGCGACGGAUCUUCAUCGCUCGUGCAAAAUAUCCAACGAGCUCGUCGUGCACUUUAAAAUCGCGUCAUGUUUUAAAUCUUUAAAUAUACGGCGCUUGAUUAGAGUUCUCAGCGGGAACUAAUCCGCGAUUAGUAGACGCCGAGAAGAAUUGUAAAUUUUAAGUCGACUCACGACGCGCAUUAGAGAUAAGCGAGAAUAAUAAUAUACGAGAGUCAAGUUUCUUAUCUCGACGAUCCGCUAACGAGUACAAAGCUAAUAAAAAAGAAAAAAAAAACAAAAAAAGAAAACAAUUAUAACGAAUAAUUACAUAGAUCGAGACGGCAUUGCCCGAGAUUUUCCCUAUUAUCGUUAUUAUUAUUAUUAUCAUUAUCAUUAUUAUUAUUGUCAUUAUUGUAAUAAUUAUUAUUAUUGUAAAAGCGCGAUCUUUAAUUAUCGGCGCUAUCGAGAUAUGCAAUACCUCUCUUGUAUAUGAAAAUUCAAUUAAUAUAAAAGAAAAUGAAAAGAAAAAACACAAUAACAAUAACAACAACAACAACAACAACAACGACAACAACAAUAACAACCCUUAAAACGAAACAGAAACACACACGAAAGAAAAGAAAAAGAAGGACGACUCGCGUAACGAGAGACGGCACGAACUCGAGUUUCGAGCUCUUCUUAUUCAACGGGUUAAAGAAUGUCAAUGACAGCUGAUAGUGGAACAUACACACACGCGAAAUCAAGAAUAAAAAAAGAGACGAAGAAACAUAUAUAGUAAUCACGACACAAUAUGACUAAUGAGAGAGAAAAGAUAAAAUCUAGGCCUUUUUAUAAGUAACGUAAAAAAAAGGAUCGACGAAUUUUCGUGUAUCGUUCGUUCGAUCUUGCCUUUGGAGUUUCGUGAUUCUUUUUUUAUUUUUUUUUUCCUUUCUUUUUCUUCUUUUAAUUUCAAACUCUGACCCCGAUUUGGUAUGAAGAAUAUGACAUCGUGCAUUUUGGAAAGAUUUUGAUGUGUAACUUGUAACGUGACAACGUGACUUGAUACUCAGGAAUAUAUAUAUAUAUAUAUAUACACACAUAUAUGGAUGUGAGUUAUCUAAGAUUUUUUCAUAAAUGAAUCUGAAAUAUUUUCAUUUUUCUUAUCUGUAGAGAUACAACAAAUCUCAAAUAAAGAGAACGUUAUUGAUUAUUAAUUUCUAUAUAUAAAAAAGAAAAGAAGAAUUGUAAAUCGUGUCGGUUACAGGAAAAUAUAAAUCUUUAAAGGUAAAAAACCCUUUUGCUUAUUUGCUCGCUCUAAGUAAAAUUGCUUUACGUCAAAAGUUCUUUUUUUAUCUCAUCAAAAUCGAUAUGAAGAUAUUUUAAGGUCUGGUCUUAGGUGACUCACCCAAUAUGUAUAUGUGCAUGUAUCUAUGUAUACACAUGACGAUUUUUAUCGUAUAAACAUUUUUCUCUCUCACAUAUAUGCAUGUAUAUAUUUCGUUAUAUACGAGGAUUCACAUAAACAUACACAAAUCAGACACACACACACAAACACAUAUGUACACACGCACGCGUAUACACGUAAUAUCGAGAGGAAUACGACAAGGAAAAAGGAUAUGUCAGGCGCGAGAAAAGGGGUGGGGAUAAGGGAGAGGAGCCGCAGAUAGAAAGAAAUAGAUAAAAAAGAAAGGGGGAAAAGUAAUCGGAGGAGAUGGAAAGGAGAAGAAGGAGGAGAGGAGAGAAGGAAAAUCAAGAUUAGAAGAAAAAUCCAAAGCAGAAAAGGGAAGAAAGAAGCCAAAGAAACUGAAGAGGAGGAGGAGAAGGAGCAGGAGAAAGAAGAAGAAGGAAAAAAAAUGAAAAAAAAAGAAAAAAGAAAAUAGAGAUCGAUAAGCUCAACGAGAAAAACGCGUCGUGGUCGUCGAGAAGUUGUCCCGAACAAAACUUGUAGAUAAAUAUAAUCUCCCUUUUUUAAUCGUCUCAAGAAAUCACACGACUCAACAUAUGCACGCAACAAACACGUACACGACAUACGCACACAUACGUACAAAACGCAUCUACAUAUAACACGAACAUAAGUCGUAGCGGUUAGCUGUUCUCCAUCUUCCCCAAAGUUUACGCGCCCGCGUGCUCUACGAGCGCGUCGAGGUCACAGUAAGGUAUAACUCCAAUAGUUAGCUGAUAAAGAGAGGAAUGGAAAGAGGAAGAGAGGACAUAAAAAUUAACAAAGAAAAUAAAAAAGAAAAAAAAAGAAAUAAGAAAAAGAGAAAAAAAAUGAAACCAAAAUUAUUUAUCCUACAGAGCAGGGCACAAACUACUAACGUAGAGAAAGAGAUAGCGAAAAGGGAGACAUACUAAGCGAGAGAGAGAGAGGGAGAGAAUGUGAGAUCGUAUGUAAGAGGAUGAACGAAAGAGAGAGAGAGAGAGAGAGAGAGAGAGAGAGAGAGAGAGAGUUAUAUACAUACAUAUAUAUAUAUACAUAUAUAUAUACAUAUAUACAUAUAUAUAUAUAUAUAUAUAUAUAUAUAUAUAUACACAUAUUUAUGAAACCUUUCCAUUGCACUUUUGCUUUUUACCACUCGAAUAUGUCGACUAACAAAUAAGAUCGCGACUCGCGACCCUUGGACGCUUCGCUGGCCGAACGUGUACUGAUCAAAGUUGAUUAAAAAAGAAAAUAAAAAAAAAGAAAUAAAAUAAAAAGAAUAUAAAAAAAAGAAAAAAAGGAUUGUAAGAUUGAAGGAGAAUAGAAGAUAUAAGAAAAAUAAAAAAAAAGUAAUGUCGUGCGAUCCCGAUUAUGGAAACGUGUUACUCGCGUGGGUGUAUACGUGUGUAUGUACGCGCGUGUGCGUACGCCUGUUCUGAAGAAAAUUUGAAAUCGGGAGGGAAAGAGAAACGACUCGAGGAUCGUUAGAGGUCUAUCUCGUUAUACAGUGUACGUCGGGAGAGAUAGAGAAAGAGGGAAAAAAUAUUAUUCUGACUUAUAUUAAUCGAAUAAAAAAAAAAAAAGAAAAAAAAAAGAAAAAGAUAAAAGCGAUAGGUGAAGGAGGUAUAGAGAUGACGAUGACGAUGACGAUGACGAUGACGAUGAUGAAGUGUUGUUACGUGUGUAUAUAUAUAUAUUAUAUAUGUAUAUGUGUGUGUAUGUACAUGUAUGUAUACAUACACACACAUAUAAAUAUCUAUACAUAUAUGCGUAUGACUAUAAAAAUAUAUUUAUACGUGUGCGUGAGUAAUGUGUGUAUUAUACUUGCGUGUUUAUAUUAUGUAAUACAUAAGAUACACGCACGUACGCACGUAGGUGGAGAAGGCGCGAUUUACAAAAAAAAGAAAAAGACAAAAAGAAAGAAAAAAGAAAAGAAAAAAAAACAAAUAAUGCGGUGAAGAGUCCCUUUUUCUCCCGAGACCCUUUUAGCUCUCUUCUAAAUUUUAGAGAAUCGUUAUUAUGUAUUUAAAAGCAUCGGUUAAUGUCAUUGAUACCGUGUAGGUAAAACGAAGAAUGUAGCGAGGAUGUGAAAAAUGAAUUAAUAUAAAAAAAGAGAGAUAAAGGCGAUAAAAAAUAAAAAAAUGGGAUCGAGCAAUAUUAUUAUUAUGAUUAUUGAUUAUCUAUUAUACGAUUGUAUUGUACCAUUAACUUCGUCGUUAUAAAGUCUUUGUCGUCUCCUAUAAACGAGAGAUUAAGAAAACAGAAGAAAAAAAAACAAAAAUGGAAAAAAGUAAAAAAAGAAAAAAAAAGAAAAAAAAAGUAAACGAAGAAGACACAAAAAAAUCAACACAUACAUAUACACAUACAUACACAUAUGCAUAUACGUAUACAUAUACAGACAUACAAUAAAAACAAUAAAAAAAAAUACCUUGCGUUCGCUAUUUUCGGGACAUUCAUCUCAUAGCCCGGGGAUAAGGCGAAUAAAUAUAUUAUAUAUUAUAUAGCGAGAACUAACGUGAUUAUAAAUGCGUUAUUUAAAACGCGUACUUUUAAAUACCUAUUCACAAAUGUAUAGAUAAAACGCAGAUAGACCUUAGCAAAGGAGUAGAUAGAGAAUGAUAGAGGAGUUAGAUUCAGAGAAAGAAAGAGAGAGAGAGAGUGAGAUUAAGAAUAGGCGACUGUGUGUUUGAGGGAGAGAAAGAGAAAGAGAGACAUGAGAGAGAGAGGAUCGAAAAAGAGAGAAUGUUUAUGUACAUGUGUGUGUGAAUGAGAGAACGAAAGGGAAAAAGAGAACGAAAAGUUCACGAGAGAGAAUGAAUAGGGGCAAAAUGAGGUCAAUGAAGAGAGAAAGAGAGAGAGAGAGAGAGAGAAGUGAUAGAGAGCUAUGGUUACUCGAGAGAGAUCACUGCCUUUGUAUCGAAGUGAUCAGAAUGAAUGUAUGUGCCGACUUUUUGGUACCGUAUAUUAAUAGUAGGUCGAACGAAGUAUGUCUGUAAAAUAAAAAAGAAAAAAAGUAAUAAAAAAAAUAAUAAAAAAUAAAAAGUAAAAAAAAAAAAGAAUUACCAAAUACAAAAACGAGGAUUAGUGUUGCUCUCUCGAGUCAAACCAUCGCACAGCGUUUUGCAAUUUGUCCGAAUUAGGUUGCCUCCUAAUUAACGAUACACUUCAACGAAUUUUGUGAGAACGAGAGAGAGAGAGAGAGAGAGAGAAAGAUAUAUAUAGAUGAUAAAAAAUGACAGCUCUUAUCUUUCGCGAUGAGAUCCAAUGCGCGUGGAAUAUUGCAAAUAUGUACAUACGUAUGUAUAUAUAAUGUGUAUACGUAUGUAUACAUAUAUUCGGUUAGUCUCAGGUUUGACAAAACGGCUUAAAAUUAAAAAGAGAGAUAGAGAGAAAAAGAUACAUAGAUAGAUAGAGAGACUUAAAUCCGUUUGAAAAUAGACGAGCAUAUUUCAUUAUCUCUUUUUUUUUUCUGUUAUCUUGCGAUGUUGGGUUUGGCCCAGUUUUCAGGUUCGCGUUCGUUAACUAUUCUCGCUUUCUUUCUCUUUUGGAUUUCCAACUCUGUGAAUGGAAAUUAAGCGUGUUACGGUUUCUUUUUUUUCUUUCUUCCUUUUCUUUCUCUCUCGAGAUCUCUAUUUUCGUUCCACUUUAAGUUUCAAACGAGAUAUCCUCUUUUACUUACGCAAAAAAAAAAGAAAAAAGAGAGAAAAAAGAAGAAAAACAUGUAUCGUAAAAUUGAUAAGACCAACCAAAAAAGAAAGAUUCCACGUUAUCAUGGAUCUCAUUGCGAGUGCGUGCUCAAUUCGAGAUCGAUUUACUGGGACCACCGUUGCAAAUGUUGCAAGGUGAGGCGAGAGACUUUAUAUUAGUCCAUGAAUGGGAGAGAAAGAGGGAACGAAUGACACAGAGAAAGAGAGAGAGAGAGAGAGAGAGAGAGAGAGAGAAAGAGAAGAAACAAGAAUGAUCGAUCGAUUGGUUUCUCGAGAGCGAAGGAUGAUGAGUGAGAGAGUGCUCGUGCCUAUCCGUGUACGUGUGUAAAUGCACAUACACACAACACGUAUACGCGUACACGCGUGGACAAUUAAAUAAUCGAGAUAAACCAUUAAAUUAAGCUUCUCUCUUUUUAGUACCAAUGCGUUGCUAGAUGUAUUUCAGAGAUCAUGGUAAUAAGAAGAAUUCUUCGACAGUACCGACAUGAUGAUUAUUAUUAUUAUUAUUAUUAUUAUAUUAUUAUUAUAUAACAAAUGCCUGUGUAUUUUACUUCUCGGCAAAUAAACAGAAUAUUGUAUGUUGCCGCUGUA